CUGUCUCUUUCUCUCAGCCACCCUGGGUGUUGAGGUUCACCCCCUGGUCUUCCACACUAACAGGGGUGCCAUCAAAUUUAAUGUAUGGGACACAGCGGGCCAGGAGAAGUUCGGUGGCCUCAGAGACGGCUACUAUAUCCAAGCUCAGUGUGCCAUCAUCAUGUUUGACGUGACCUCUCGGGUGACCUAUAAGAACGUCCCUAACUGGCACCGGGACCUGGUGCGUGUGUGUGAGAACAUCCCCAUCGUGCUGUGCGGUAAUAAGGUGGACAUCAAGGACAGGAAGGUCAAGGCCAAGAGCAUCGUUUUCCACCGCAAGAAGAACCUGCAGUACUAUGACAUCUCUGCAAAGAGUAACUACAAUUUCGAGAAGCCCUUCCUCUGGCUGGCCCGGAAGCUGAUCGGUGACCCCAAUCUGGAGUUUGUUGCCAUGCCAGCUCUGGCCCCCCCUGAGGUCUCGAUGGACCCCUCUCUGGCGGCGCAGUACGAGCACGACCUCAAGGUGGCAUCGGAAACAGCACUACCAGAUGAGGAGGAUGACCUCUAACCUGUGACCUUUGACCUCUCCAGAGGAAGCAGGAGAUGUCUGGGAGUCACAGUGCUCUGGCUGCACUAUUACCUUUACUGUAAAACCCAGUCUCAGAUUAUUUUGAUUUUUUUUUUUUUACUUUUUUCAUCUUGAAGAAUGCAAGUUUGUUGAGAGAGUGCAGACAAGCAGUAUGGUACAGGACAAACAGUGCUGUACAGACAAUACAGUAAAGACAAAUACUUCACAGGCUGUCGUGCUGGCAGCAGAUUGCACACGGAGGAAGAGUGUGGAUGCUGGGAGAUACCGAAAAAUGUUUAAAAUAUGGAUGCACUUAUUUGAAAAAAGUUUGAAUAAAAACUGUCUAAAUUUAAGUUC